GGUUGUCCCACUGCAAAUAAAGGGAGAUAACGGGCUCUUAGUAGCGGCUGAAAACUUUUUAUACUGACAUGUUAGAGCAAUGACUUUUGCGUAACGGUAAAACUGGGACUAGGCUCCCAGCAUGCUAUAGGGUCCUUGCGAGAAGAGGAAUAAGGAAAGAUUGUCACGGCCUGGUGGGGGUAAAGAAAGCAGUGAAUCCGUUGAAGUUCAGAAAGAAAGAGCGAGCAAGAUUUCCGAAAGUUGAGAGUAAUACAGAAACACAGCGGCUGUGGAAGAGCUAGUAUACCCAUUUGAAAGAUGAGCUUGAUGUCUGCCAUAGACACCAGUGCCUCCGUGUACCAGCCUGCGCAGCUACUGAAUUGGGUCUAUCUCUCUUUGCAAGACACCCACCAAACUAGCGCUUUUGACGCCUUUAGACCCGAACCCAACUCGUCCCACCCGGAGUUGAACUACUGCAAGGCUCCCGCCGCGGACGUGAGCUCGUCCCUCAACUCCAAUUAUCUCAACAAUUUUUUUCAGCUCCAGCGGAAUGAGGCAUUGAAUAACAGGGUAUAUAAAAAUGUCUCGCCAUACGACUCGCUCAACAACAUUGUUGACGGACUCAACUCCUUGACGGACCACUUCUCCGACCUCUCCCUCUCCUCAGAGCCCCGCAAGCCCAGCAAAAGACCCCCGCCCAACUACCUAUGCCACCUCUGCUUCAACAAGGGCCACUACAUCAAAGACUGCCCCCAGGCACGGCCUAAAGGUGAGGGUCUAACUCCAUACCAGGGGAAGAAGAGGUGUUUCGGGGAGUACAAAUGUCCCAAGUGUAAGAGGAAGUGGAUGAGCGGUAACUCCUGGGCCAACAUGGGACAAGAAUGUAUCAAGUGCCAUAUCAACGUCUACCCACACAAGCAGCGUCCAUUGGAGAAGCCUGAUGGCCUGGACGUCUCAGACCAGAGUAAGGAGCACCCUCAGCACCUGUGUGAGAAAUGCAAAGUCCUGGGCUACUACUGCCGACGCGUGCAAUAACACCUUAACAUAUACUCCCACCCCUUGCUUCAAUCCUCCCCUCCCUCUCAUCCAUCCAUCCUCCUGCUCCUCUCCCCAUCUCCAUCACCUGUUCCUCACCCCUUCCACUCCUCCUCCCCCUCCCUCUCAUCCAUCCAUCCUCCUUCUCCUCUCCCCAUCUCCAUCACCUGUUCCUCAUCCCUUCCACUCCUCCUCCCCUCCCUCUCAUCCAUCCUUCCUCCUUCUCCUCUCCCCAUCUCCAUCACCUGUUCCUCAACCCUUCCACUCCUCCUCCCCCUCCCUUGUUCCUCCUCCCAUCCCCUCUCUGAAUUAGUCGUUAAACCUCCUUUUGGGGAGGUUUGUCACUAAACACAGUUCCUGGUCAUUAUCCCUACACCUACUGGCCCUUUCUUAACAGUAAAGGAGUGAGAGAAACUGAUCCAAGACCUGUACUUAGUGAUUAAAAGCCCACAAAGUGCUCUUUCUAAACAGUGAUAAAACCCCACAAAGUGCUCUUUUUAAAAAGUGAAAACUUGCCUAAAUAAUUGUAUGUAAAUAUCCUCAAUCAUGACAGGGCCUUGUAGCCUUGUGUACCCCACGCAAUGUGUGUGUGUAUAAUGUGAUAUUGUUCUCACUGACAGUAUUGCCCUCUCUUUGGUUUCAUUACCUCACUUUGGGCUCUGUUGAUUUUGUGGUUACAGAAGCGUUUUCCCUGCCAAGUGAAGUGUGUGUGGAUGUUCUGAGUAUUAAAACAGACAGAGACAGGGCUUCUAGUGAUGGUAAUGUAACAAAGGUCCCUAAACCUUCUAUCGUCAUGAGCUCAAGUCGGGGUCAAUGUCUGGUCAAAUGUCAACCUAUACAUUAAUAACUGUGAAUGAAUUAUGAAUUGAUUAUUGAUUGAUUAACUGAGGGAUACCGCACCAUACAUCCCUGGCUUACAUGUUAUAUGUGGUGUAUUUAUUAUUUGUCGUCUGUUUGUCUGUUGUGCAAUUUUAAAUUGAUUUUAACUGGGAUAUAUACAAGUAACUGUCAAAAUCUAGGAAACACCAACAUAAAGUGUCUUAAUAACAGGGCCAGAGCAGCUUCAAUGAACCGUGGCAUAGAUUCUACGUGUCUGGAACUCUAUAGGAGGGAUGCAACACCAUUCUCCCAUGAGAAAUUCCAUCAUUUGGUGUUUUGUUGAUGGUGUUUGAAAACGCUGUCUCUGGUGCCACUCCAGAAUCUCCCAUAAGGGUUCAACUGGGUUGAGAUCUGGUGACUGAGACUGCCAUGGCAUAUGGCUUUCAUCGUUUUCUUGCUCAUCAAAACAUUCAGUGACCACUUGUGCCCCGUGGAUGGUGGCAUUGUCAUCCCAUGGUAGCCAAAAUAAUGGCAAAAAUCAUGGCCUGCCCAGCAUUUUUAUACAUGACCCGAAGCAUGAUGGGAUUUUAAUUGUUUAAUUAUCUCAGGAACCACACCUGUGUGGAAGCUCCUGCUUUCAAUAUACUUUGUAUCCCUCAUUUACUUGUGUUUCCAUUAUUUUGGCGGUUGCUUGUAUAUGAAUGUGUAAUAGUAUAUGUGUGUAUGUUUUUAUAUCAAAGUAUUAUUGUGUAACUGCUUCUAAUUGUCUAUAGAAACUACUUUAGGUUGAGAAUCGUUCUUCGUUUAGAUGUAGUACCGUGAUAAUAACAUUGAUGUUUUGUAUUUAACAUGCUAUGCAUUUACGUCAGCAAUGAAAUUAGUGUUUAGAUAUUAUUCGAGAUUUACAAAUUGACCAGCUUUGAAAUUUCUUGUCCAAAGCCAAAUGCAAUAAGAGCAGUUUCUGUUAUGAUAAAGACUGAAUAUCCAGUUCCUCUUAGCCAAUAUAACAUUCAUAUUUAGACUCUCAAGUGUUAGAUUGAACCUAUCUGCAAUGCUGUAGUCUUUUUUUGCCUAAUACUUUACUUCCAAAUAAUCAUUUUAUUAUUGUAAUGAGUUCCUUGAAAAGUAAUUCCGUCCUGUACUCUAUGUAUGCAAACAAUAUUCUUAUUAAGGACUAAACUUCAGUAGUCUAUUUGGUGUAGGAUGCCGGUAGAUUGACAUGGUGGAUUUUAGUUGAUUAGAACUGGUAUUUAAUCUGGUAUAUACAGUAAAUAAGUCAUCCUUAUGCAUUUCAAAGUGGUUUUAUAGUAUACAUAUACCAUUUGCAAAUUCACAUCUUUUUUUAGGACUCACACCUGGCCAAUAGAGUUGUUCCAAUCUUGUAACGCUACUUUAAGAAAGCUUUAUUUACCUAGAAAUAUGACAGUGAAUCUAACUAAUAUCUUUUUCCAAGGGGUUUAACUCCUUCAUAGUGUGUCAAACAGGUGACAGCAGUAAAGGAUGUCUGGGGAGAGAGAGAGGUGAAGGGAUGUAGGUAAGAUGAAUAUAAUGUUUGGUGAAGAAAAAAUAAGUGGGAAAGUUGUCUUGUAACAGACAUAGCCAUGUUUUGUUUAUCAGAGGAGUUUUGUAAGUGUGAUGAUGGAUUAAGUUUACGUUUCUGUGUGUUUGAUACCACAUCAUGAUUUAAACAUUAAAUAAUGUCUUUAAUAGAGGAGGUAACUAACCAUUAUCUCUGUUUUCAAAGAUCUAGGCCUAUACUUUAAACUUUAUCGUUGGAGAAUCUAGAGGGAAGAAUAUCUUUGAUCUAACAUUUUGUAAUGUUAGGUUUAGUUGUAUUUUAGCGAUAGAGGUUAUUGACACUUUCGGAACAUUUAUGUUGUGAGUAUAGCUGAGAGAAGUUUGCUACCAAUUUUCAAAGCUGAGGUGUAUUUUUCAAAUCAAAACACAUUAGUUUCUCAAAUAUUUAGAAUGUGUUUAAUGGUUCUAUAAAGGUUGAAUUAAUAGUUGUAUAUUUUAUAUUAUCUUAAAAGUACCAAUGUGCCUUGUAAAAAGAGAAUAAUUAUUUUGAAAAAUUUGAAGGAAAUGAAAUAAGAGGAGAAUUGAACUUAGUUUAGAACUGGAUUAAACUAAGUAACUCUGAGGUAGUGUUUUGCCAAGUUUGAUGCAAGUUCAAGAUGUGAAUACAAAUGGGAAAACAAAUAACCUUACCCCAUUAGAACUGAGAAGUUUCAGCUGGCUAAUGUCUUCCUCUACACCAUUUCUUUUAGUUUGGAUGCAGACAAUCACCCACACUGUAGCUAGUCUGUUACCAUGGAAUCAACAACCAUGUUAUUUUGAAGUCAGUACACUAAUGUGAAUGAGGUUUUCACUAAAAGCUGUAUACCUCAUCCUCCUUCUCCGGGAUUAAAUCUGAUCUCAUUGGGGCUUUUAAAGGCAAUUUCCGAUUGAGACGAUAUGCAGUGUUUACUGUGAAUGGGAUCUCCACAAAUGCGCAAAUAUUUCCUCUAAAAGCUGCAAUGCCUAUAACUCGUGAUCGGAUUGAAUCCCGCCCUUGACAUGAUAGUCUGUUUAUGACUUAAUGAUUGAUUUAACAAACACAAGUAGGAGUUUAGUCUGUUGUCUUACAUACAAUGGGUGGAUACUGAACAAUGCCUUAUGCAUCAAUUGUCAAAACUUGGACAUCACACUCAGUUGGUUUUAGUUAUAUGGGGAGGUGAAGGAUAGUUAGCCUGUUUCCAGAUCUGUUUGUGACUCUUGACAACCCCUAUAGUCAUUGUGACAGCACAAUUAGAUCUUGAACCAGCCUACAGGAUAGUAGUCUACUCAUAAAAUAUUAGGCUUUAUAAUAGCGAGGAGAUGCAUCAUAGCCAUUAUAUGGAUAUUGUAUUAUCAUCUGAACAAAAAUGUUUUUUUAAUCAUAUUUGAUGUGAAUCGUAUUGAUGUUGAGGGUUUUGUUCGUUGAUUACAGGUCAUAGCAGAUUAUUAUUUUCUCCCCACAUAAUGUUGGGAUCAAUUCUAUAUUUUCAGUACUGUAGCUAAUACAAUUGAUCUGUUUCUCUGUCAUAUCUAAUAAGUGUUAUAAAACCAACUACAACCGAGCAGAACACUGCUGAUAUCCUAUCUUUACAAUAUAUUCUAGUCUUUAUUCUCUUCCCAACAGUAGUGUAUGUUUCCAUUAGCCAUCUCCGUUAGCUUGGGUAUUAGCCAACUAAACCUAGGCCUAGAUUCAAUCAGCUGCACAGCUAAUGUGUUGAAGGAGUCGGAGGUAUAACUGCAUUGGAGCUGUCCAAUCAGUGAGCAGCUGCUCUUGAUCAUUGUCACGAAGCCACACCCAUCCCACUUGCGUUAGAAGAUCAGAACGAGAAAGUGUAGGCUAUAUAGAUUAAAUAAUUAUGCUCAAAUUGAAAAUCAUUAAAAUAAAUAAUGAGGGCCUCCCGAGUAGUGCAGUGGUCUAAGGCCACUAGAGAUCCUGGUCCGAGUCCAGGCUCUGUCGCAGCCGGCCACGACUGGGAGACCCAUAGGGUGACGCACAAUUGGCCCAGCAUCGUCCGGGCAGGGCGGGUGCAAUGCACGUGGACACGGUCGCCAUGUGUACAGUGUUUCCACCGCGGUUGGUUUCUGAGUUAAACGGGCAUUGUGUCAAGAAGCAGUGCGGCUUGGCGGGUUGUGUUUUGAAGGACGCAUGGCUCUCGAUCUUCGCCUCUCCGGAGUCCGUACGGGAGUUGCAGCGAUGGGACAAGUCUGUAACUACCAAUUGGAUACCACGAAAUUGGGGAGAAAAAGGGGUAAUAUAUAUAUAUAUUUUUAAAUUAAUAAAAAUAAAAAAGAUUUCUAUCAGCCUAAUCGAGGUGUAGAUUACAUCUCACAUUCCAGUCUUCGACUUUGUGAACAUGGCUGCAUGGGAUAUCUCUUACUGCGACUCUUUCCAGCCAAUGGCAAUGCCAUUUUCCACUUCAGGUACAGUAUAAUUCCAGGAGCGGCUUGUGGAUUUGACAACUCUAACUCCGUUCCACCUCCGACACUGCCAAAACAAUUGCUAUGCGGAUGACAGCUAAAGCAGAUCUAAUUGAAUAGAACCCCUAAAGUGCUAAUACUGAUCAAAAUCGAUAUGCAUUAGGCUUAUGAGUGCUCUGACUUUAAGGAAUAUAAGGAUAAGAAUAUCCUUAAGAAUAUAAGGAAUGUCAUGAAGAAUAUAAAGAAAAUAUAAAAUUGCCCAAUAUAUUUUUGUGGGAUAGUCUGAUUCCGUCCAGACCAGUUUGUGAAGAAGCCAUGUGUUUGAGAUGGCAUAAGGAGCCAAUGGAAGCAGUUCAUACAAUGUGUUUAUUGUAUUUAAAACGUAUACAAAUGCUUUUUCAGAUGUGUUUUUUUUGUCUUGAAUUUAGGGCUGUAUUCAAUCCGUAUCGUGGAAGUAUCUCAGAAGAUCAGCGUAAAAAUGUAAUGGUAAUUUCUGAUUGAGCCGACAUAAUCAGCGUUUAACGUGAAUACAGUCUCCACGGAGCUUCCGUGAUGCUUCUGCGAUACUGAUUUAAUCCAGCCCUGACAUAUACUUGAUUUUUCUAGUUCCUUUUCGGUAUGGGUUUGUUAUUUUCUAUGAAAGAUUUGUGUAUUUUGGAAAAAAUACUUUAUAGAUUAAAAAAAAUAAAAAAAUCUUUAUUUUUCCCUCAAAAAUACAUUUUACAACUGACUGUUUUAUGUAUAUAUUAGAUGGCCAUAAUUUUGAAGGAUCUUAGCUCUGAAAUGUAAUGCAAUUUUGAAGCUUUCAAUGUGAAAAAGGGCCUAUAUUGCUGAGAAACAAAUAAAGCUGGGAGUUUUUUUUGUUGAUGUUUUACAAUGACCUGAGGGGUUAAUCCGACAGAAAUAUUUAUGAAAAGAUUUUUUACAACACGUUUUUUAAAAUAUAAAAUAAGCAACAGCUACACUAAGAAGAAAAUAUUGAACUACAUAGAUUAAAAAAGUUGGUACAUAAUUAUGAAUACCCUUUACUCAAUUAUAAGCCAUUGUGUGUUUUUUUUGCGGUUAGAAACUUUAUCAGUAUUGCAUAACCCAGAAUGAUACCCAAGUGCUUUAACUAAUGUCAAUGAGUUACAAUUUGUGUCCUCUGAAUAGCAUGCAUUCAUGUUGUAUUACGAGUAUUGCAUUGUUAUGAAAAUGGCAGACAUAAUGACCAAUGUUUUGUUAUUACAAUUCUAUAUCAUUGAUUAAGAUGUUACUAGGUUAAGCAAUAAUACUGUUUUGUUAACAUGCAGAAGAAAUCAUCUUUAUAUUUGAAUGACUGAUACUCGCCACUAUAUAAGCACAUUCAACUAUGAGUUCUAGUUUGCCAAAGCAGCUACAACAAGGACAUAUUGUGAAAUAAUUAUUUUUAUUCAUAGUGUAGUAAACCUGGACUCGGGGGUAGACUUAACAUAGUAAACAUAAAUCUGUCUCCUUCUGUGUAGUAUAAUAUGUUAUGUUUCGUAUGGUAUGGUAAGUCGCUCUGGAUAAGAGCGUCUGCUAAAUGACUUAAAUGUAAUGUAAAUGUAAUGGUAUGUUACAAAUUCCAAUUUGUUGUGGGUAAUGUUAGCUAGGUGGCUAACUGGCUAUAGUUAGCUAGGCUAGGGGUUCAAGUUAAGGUUAGGGGUUAGGUUAAAGGGUUAAGGGAAGGGUUAGCUAACAUGCUAAGUAGUUGAAAAGUUGCUAAUUAGCUAAAACUGUCCGUGAUGAGAUUCGAACACACAACAUUUGGGUUGCAAGAUGUUCACGUUAUAGGUUAGGGGUUAGGUUAAAGGGUUAAGGGAAGGGUUAGCUAACAUGCUAAGUAGUUUCAAAGUUGCUAAUUAGCUAAAACUGUCCUUGAUGAGAUUCGAACACGCAACCUUUGAGUUGCUAGACGUUCACGUUAUAGUAACCUUCUGUCUCAUGUAGCCAUACCAAACGUAACAUGUCAUACUAAUUUGAGUGUCCUGAAUUUAUAUUUAAUAUGUUACGUCUAGUCUAUGAGACCAGGCUGUAGUUCAGAGUGUAACUUGCGUCUGUUAAUCAAGUUUGUGAGACAAAAUUACUAUUAUAGAGUUUGCAUGUGCAUGUGUUUUGAUUUUAAAUGAAAAAUGUGUAUUACUUCGUGCAAUGUAUUUAAUUUUAGCACUGUAACGUAGUUGGCUACAUACUGUAAUGGGCUAUAUAGAGUCUGUCCUUAAUAGCACCCUAUUCAUUUUAUAGUGCACUACUUUUGACCCAGCACAUAGGGCUCUGGUCAAAAGUAGUGCACUAUUUCGAGUAUAGGGUACCAUUUGGGAUAUAUAAUAGUCUCAGCAUUCUCAACAACUUCAAAUUGAUUGUUACUAGUCAUAAAAAUGUAUCGUUCACUGAUAGUGUAUACCAUUUUAUACAUACUAACUGAAUGUAGUGUUUUAACACUUAAGUGGUCGAUUAGACAUUCAUGUUUGUUCUUUGACGUCUGUAACGUUUUGAGAUUGUAUGCUAUAAUUGGAUUGCGUGAGUUAGGAUGAUGAGUGAAAAGUUGUUGUGGAAAAAGAAAAUAACACUUCUGUUGCAACAUGUCCCUGAAAUGGCAUUCCCAAAUGUGCCUUAUUUGUUAGUUAAGAAAACAACAAACUACUUUCCCACUGGGCACAGACGUCAAUUCAACGUCUAUUCCACGUUGGUUCAGCGUAAUUUCAUUGAAAUGACAUGGAAACCACGUUUAUUCAACCAGUGUGUGCCCAAUGGGUUAGAGCUUUAGUGCUAUUAGGAAUUUUGAUGAAUAAAAUAAAUGUUACAUUCGAAACA